GCAAACGUGCGUAUUUCAGCUCCGGAGUCCAAUUACUAUUCUCACCGUCGUAGAGGCCUCGGAUUCACCAAAGCAUUUCUCUAUCCAAGUUGGACCCUGUGGAAACUCGAGCGUCAAAGCACUGAAAUAAUCCCCGGUUCUCUAACAUCAACAACAGAAUCCUGUCGUCCCGGGAAGAGGCGGAACCCGCUUUAUUCUUGCCUCUUAUUGGCCACCCAGCCAGAAGGCGCAAACUUCCAUCGCAACCAAUGAGCCGUUGAAACUUCCGUGAAACGUAACAUUCUCACUACCCUUGGAUGCUACUAUUGGUAUGGAGAAGAUCGAGGAACAAUUUGCUGAUCUGCACAUUGUUAAACGUUCUUCAGGAACUGAAGAGUCCACUUACCUGCUAGGUAUAGACACAUCAGAGAGUCUACAGGCAGCAAAAGGAAGCUUGAUUGCUGUUUUAUGUUCCAAUGGAUCAAUCAGAAUAUAUGAUAAAGAAAGGUUAAACAUACUACGAGAAUUUAGUGGGCAUCCUGGUCUUCUUAAUAGAGUCAGAUUUGCAAAUUCCUGUGAUAGCGUAUAUUCAGCAUGUACUGAUGGCACUGUAAAAUGUUGGGAUGCACGAUUGGCCAGUGAGAAACCUGUCCAGCUAUUCAAGGGCUACCCUUCCAAUAUUUUUAUCAGUUUUGAUAUCAGCUGUAAUGAUCAUGUCAUUUGUGCUGGUACGGAAAAAGUUGAUGAUGAUGCAUUGCUGAUAUUUUGGGAUGCAAGAAUUAAUUCUCAGGAUUUGUCUACUACUAAAGACCCACUUGGUGCAUAUUCAGAGACACAUAGUGAUGAUAUCACUCAAGUAUGUUUCCAUCCCAGCAAUCCUAACAUGGUAGUGUCAGGUUCAACUGAUGGCCUGGUAAAUGUAUUUGAUAUUAGUGUUGAUAACGAAGAGGAUGCACUGGUUACAACCUGUAAUUCAGUUUCAUCAGUAAGUUAUAUUGGUUGGUCUGGGAGAGAUUACAAACAGAUUUACUGCAUGACACAUGAUGAAGGAUUUUAUUGGUGGGAUCUUAAUCAUCUGGACACCGAUGAACCAAUCACAUGUUUGAACAUCCAGGACGUUAGAGAAGUGAUUAAUGUGAAAGAAGGUACUUUGGACUAUUUGAUUGGUGGCCUGUAUCACGAAAAGAUGGACAAAUUGUUUGUUCUUGGAGGAACAAAUGCAGGAAGGAUUCAUUUAAUGAGCUGCACCACAUCAGGAUUGAUGCAUGUGACCAGUCUUCAAGGAGGUCAUGCUGCCACAGUCCGUUCUUUCUGUUGGAAUAUGCAGGAUGAUUCUUUGCUGACUGGGGGAGAGGAUGCACAGUUGUUGCUUUGGAAGUCUGGAGCUAUAGAGAAUACCUUUACAAAGAAAGAUAGCAUGAAAAUAGCAUCCUCUGUGCACCAGCGAGUUCGAGUUCACAGUAAAGAUUCUUAUAAGAGGAGGAAAACAUAGUGAUGUUAAAUUUUGAGUUAACUUGGUAGGUUUUAUAGUAUUUGUAUUGCCUGUGGUAGGCAUGUUUGAAGCUUGUAUGUAAAAACUAGCCAGUUAGCAUACAGUCCUGGAAUAAUGUUGAGAAUGGUUUAAUUCAGGUCUUCACAUAUUCUAAAAUUGCUUUUUUAAGCUACAAGUUGAGUAUGAAAUCAGCAAGUUGGAAGUCAAAUUAUGUUCUUCAUGUUUAAAGCCCAUCUGUUGAGUUAGUAAAUGUUGGGUUUAAAGAAAUAGCUCUGAUAAGGACUUUUUAGAAGUAAAUGGCUUGUGUUGUGAGGUAUAAUAAAACGUGGUUUUGGCUAUGUUUUUUAAGCUCAAUUUAUGACAUUUAAAAUUAUCUUCACUGUUCGUAAAGCCAAAUCAGACUGUUUUCUUCAUUUAAGCAGCUCCUUAAUAUACAUAGAUUACACUGGAGUAUUUAAAUGUAAAUAUCCUAACAAGUCUAGAAUUAAAAUUUUUUAGGAAUAAAGUGACAGACAUCUAUCUAAAAUGAGAAAAAUAUAUUUAAUAAAUAUUUAUGUCUGUAUUUUCAUAUUGGUUAAACAAUAAACAGGUGUUUAGCUGAUAAUAGGGAAUUAUCUUGCAAAACUCAUGUUUGAGACUCAAAAUGUAUAAAAAUGAAAAUAUCAAUAAUAGCAGAAUGACUAUUUUUAUUUAAAAAUACUCUUCUAAUAAUAUUUUGAUAAAAUUUUCUUUCAUAGUUGUUCAUCCAUGUGCCAGUUUGAA